AUGCCUAAGUACUAUUGUGACUACUGUGACAAGUUUCUUACUCACGAUUCGCCAUCCGUGAGAAAAACACACUGCACUGGGAGAACGCACAAAAAUAGUGUCCGUGAAUAUUACCAAAAAUGGCUUGAAGAACAGGUGCAGAAACUUGUUGACCAUGCUUGUAAUUCUGAGGCUUACAGACAGGGCAAAGUACCUCCUCCCAUGUUUGGAGGCGCAAUGGGAAUCCCUCCCCCUGGAAUGCCCGGCAUGCCACCUGUUGGAGCUUUUCCCCCUCAGUUUCCACCCAUGCUACCAACUCCACCUAUGGCAAUGCGACCUCCUAUGGGUCCCCAAGGUGUGAUGCCUGGUGUUGCUAUCCCACCAGGCCCGCCAAUGCCACCCACAUGGGGUCCAAGACCUGCCGGUAUGCCAUCAGUUCCGACCAGUGGAAUGCUGCCGCCACAACGUGGACCGAUUCAAUAA